AAAUCUUCCAUUCGCCUAGCUUCCUUACCUUACCCCCUUCCGUUCUCGCUCAACUUUCUGCUUUGUAUAUCGUUUUUUUUCUCGUGUCUGUGAGGCACUAGGGGUUCUCAUCAUCAAUACGUGGGGUUCCAAUUAGCCUCCACCAGUGCCACCCUCCAAAAUCAUACUCUUGCCGCAAAUCAGGAGAUGCACCCCACGACGCAGCUCGUGAAAGUUUCAGUCGACAUCCGCCACGCAUGUUUGGCGCAGAAUCCUGUGCCUCUUAGCCCAUAGCUGCCUUCGAACUCUUCUCUCGCACACCGCGCAGCGGGAUGAGGCGACUUCCCAGGACGCUGCCUCGCCUGCCCUGUCGCGGCAGGGCACCGGCACCCAGCCCCCUUGUUCGGCGGCCGUUCCAUACCAGCCCGGUAGUCAGACAGCAGUCGGAAACAGGCGCAGAUGCCGACACUGGAGCGCCCUUCCGUCCCACCUCGGCACCCAAGAGGGUGAUCGAUAUCAAGCACAUCCGCCAGAAUCCAACGCUUUAUGAGCAAAACUGCAUUGAGCGUAACUACAAAGACUACAGUGACAUUCCCGCACGUAUAAACUUGCUCCAUGAGCAAUGGCAGGCCAAGCAGCGUGAGGGCCGUUCCCUGCGUGAGCGCUCCAACCAACUGCGUGGUGAGCUGGCCACCCCGCCAUCGUCGUGGUCCAAGGCUGAGGCCGAGGUCUUCACUGCCGAGCGUCGCGAGAGUAUCAUCAAAGAGGCCCGCGAACUCAAGGAGGAGCUUUCGGUUAUCGAGGAUGCGGAGGCGAGCCUCACCGAGGAGAUGAGCCGCCUCGCUGAGGUCCUGCCCAACCUGACUAGUGCCAGCACCCCGCGCGGCGAAGAGCCGCUAGUGCUCAGCUACAUCAACGACGACCCCGAGCAGGAGAGCGGCAGGCCCUCUGAAACGGACCGCGUGUGGCGCUCGCACGUCCAUAUCGGCUCGGAGCUUGGGCUCCUGGAUUUCGCCGGCGCCGCCUCCUCCUCUGGCUGGGGCUGGUACUACCUGCUGAACGAGGGCGCCGAGCUCGAGCAGGCCCUGGUGCAGUACACGCUCGCCGUCGCCACGCGCCAUGGCUGGGGCCAGGUCAGCCCACCGUCCAUUGUCUACUCGCACAUCGCCAACGCCUGCGGCUUCCAGCCGCGUGACCAGAACGGCGAGAUGCAGAUAUACGAACUGGCCCGCUCUGCCGCCGACACCGCCCGCGGGAAGCCUAGCCUCUCUCUCACCGGCACCGCCGAGAUCCCCCUGGCCGCCAUGAAGGCCGACUCCCAGCUCGAGGAGUCGGAGCUCCCGCUGCGCCGCGUCGCCGCGUCGCGCUGCUACCGCGCCGAGGCGGGCGCCAGGGGCGCCGACACCAAGGGCCUCUACCGCGUGCACGAGUUCACCAAGGUCGAGAUGUUCGCGUGGUCCGCCCCGAGCGAGGCCGCGGCCGAGGACGUCUUCGAGGAGAUGCUCGACAUCCAGACCGAGAUCCUCGGCUCGCUCGGCCUCCGCUGCCGCGUGCUCGAGAUGCCCACGGCGGACCUGGGCGCGUCGGCGGCGCGCAAGGUCGACAUCGAGGCCUUCUUCCCCUCGCGCCGGCAGAAGAACGACGGGUGGGGCGAGGUCACGUCGGCCAGCGUCUGCACCGACUACCAGACCCGCCGCCUGGCCACCCGCGUCCGCUUCGACGGCAAGAUGACCUUCCCCUGGACCCUCAACGGCACCGCCCUCGCCGUGCCCCGCGUCCUUGCUGCCAUCCUAGAGAAUGGUUGGGAUGAGGACUCCAUGACGGCCCACAUCCCCGAGGUGCUCCGGCCCUGGAUGAAUGGCAAAGACAAGAUUGUUGGCAGUCGCAGGAGGAAGUGAGGAGCAUGUAGCUUUCCGGGAAGUCUUUUGCUGUGGUCUUUGGUUCAAACUGCGUACACAUGACUGGGUUCUGCCGCUUGAGCAUGGACAGGACCUUGCGGUGGUCGACAGGAAAAUGGCUCGAUUUGGGACCCAUGACGGUCCAUGUACUUAUACUCAAAUCACCCAAAAGAAUCUGUUUAAUAUCAACACGAUACCCUCUAGAUGUCGAUCUCCAGUUCUCAUUUUUCGGGCCAUCAUUAGUUAUAGAUAUAUUAAGGAAGUAUUAAAGGCGACAACGCGAAGCCCGAUUCCCCAAGAGAG